ACAGGAGCAAUGUACGAGAACAGCUGCGAUAUUGGAGUAUUCGCAAAGCUUACAAAUGCAUACUGCCUGCUGGGCCAGUGCGGCUCCAAGCAGUUCACUCGCACUUUUGAGAACCAACUCGCUGAUAACAUGCCAGUUAUAGAGUGCUCAAUUGCCGGCACAAGAAUCGUCGGCCGUCUGUCAGUCGGCAACAGCAAGGGCCUUCUGCUGCCCAACACCACCACCGACCAGGAGCUGCAGCACAUCCGCAAUUCGCUGCCAGACACUGUCACCGUGCAGCGCGUCGAAGAGCGUUUCUCUGCACUCGGCAACUGCAUUGCCGCCAACGACUACGUCGCCCUGAUCCACCCCGAGCUGGAUCGCGAGACCGAAGAGAUCAUUGCCGACGUGCUCGACGUCGAGGUGUUCAGAUCGACUGUGGCCGGCAACGCCCUGGCUGGCACCUACUGCGGUCUGACCAACACUGGUGCCCUCGUGCACCCCGCCACCACCACCGUCGAGCAGGAGGAGCUGUCCUCGCUGCUGCAGGUGCCACUGGUAGCCGGUACCGUCAACAGAGGUAAUGAGUGCAUUGCCGCCGGUCUGGUCGUCAACGAUUGGGCUGCCUUUGUCGGCAACGACACCACCGCCACAGAGAUUUCAGUCAUUGAGAACAUAUUCAAGCUGCAACACGGCGCACCAGCCAACAUCCUUGGCCAAGUUAGAGACUCCAUUAUCGAUAACCUCUAA